CUUGCUGGCGUUGUUCCCCGUCCAGAAUCCAUCCCAUUCGCGGCAGAGGCGCACCAGUCGCGAGACUGGUCGCGGUCCCUGCACCUUGUCAUCAUGGACAGGACAGACAUCAAUGUCAUCUAUGUCCAUCGUCAGGCCCACGAGGGUCAUCCCGUCGACAUAGGCCUCGUCGACGGCCUCGCCAUCCACAACACGCAUGCUGCCGAGCCCGGAUACUUGAGGGACAGCAUACAACUGCUGAAUGAAACCUUUGGCCAAGUCCAUGUCUGCCCGAGCAGCACGUCCUGCCUCUCCACCCUAUCUGCCCUUCAUCAUGCUUCCAGGAUCGAUCAUACCCCGACCAUCGUAUUAUUAGACGUCCCCUAUAAUGAGAGGGUCCCCGAGCGGCCGCAGAGGCCCAGCUCUCGCUCCAGGUCGCCCUCGCCCCAUUCGAACCCCUCGCCACUACCGCCUGUGAGGCACGACGAGUUGCAGAUAUCCGACGUCGAGCUCUACGGGCUUAGGUUGUUACAGAGGAUCGUGGCCGAGGCCGAUAUGCUGAAGCUGAUGAAGCUGAUUGUGCCGAUCGCCGUCAUCUCUCCGCCCACCAAGCUUCAGGUCGGCCCGCUCCUUGGAUCCGGCACCGCAGACGACGGUGCUGUGACGUCCUUUUCGGCCGGCUACUCCAGCAGGCCCGAUCUCGUCAGGACAUGCCUUGACUAUGGGGCUGUCGACGUUAUGAGCAUGCCGCUCCGACCACAAAAUAUCGAGAACCUCGAGGUUCAUGCGUACAAGGCUCGUCAGGCUGCUGCGAGAGAGCGAGAAGCAGUGCUGCAGGUACGGAAAAAUAGGAAGCGGUCCUGGGUCGGUGUAGACACGGGAGGAAAGCCGUUUGCCUAUCUCCGUGAGGCGAUGGUGUCAGGGCUUAUGAGGGGAAUCUGCAGGCUAGACGAUGACGACGAGGACAACUCGCUCGGAACCUUUAGGAUAUCGAUCUCUACCGAGAGACAGGCCGAAAUCGCAGAGGCCGUCGGCCGAUGGCAUUUCUGCGCUCACGACUUUUCGGAUGACGAGCUUGUAGUAGCGGCAUCCCUCAUGUUCAGUCACGCUCUUUCCAUGCCCGAGUUGGCGCAGUGGCGGAUCCCUCCUGAUCAACUGACCCAAUUCGUCAUUGCCUGCCGUGCCGCAUACAACAGCUUUGUGCCGUAUCACAAUUUCCGACAUGUCGUGGAUGUCCUGCAGGCAACCUUCAGCUUUCUUCUGCACACCAAUACCAUCACACCCUACCCCUUCAGCGAGCCACAGGACGACCAACCAAAGUCACCCGUGGGAGCGCUUUUGAUGCCGUUCGAGGCAUUAACGCUGCUGAUCACCGCAAUCGGGCACGAUGUCGGCCAUCCUGGCGUGAACAAUGGGUUUCUCGUGACCCUCAAUGCGCCUCUCGCUCAGCUUUACAAUGACCGCUCUGUGCUGGAAUCGUUUCACUGCGCCGCAUUCUCACAAAUUCUCAGGAGAUACUGGCCUUCCGCUUUCGAAGAUCGGAAGAUGCGCGGCCUCAUGAUCAGCUCGAUCCUGGCCACCGACAUGGGGCUGCACUUCGAUUACAUGAAGAGAUUGGCCGACCUAAAGGAGAAGCUCUCUGCAAAUGACUCUACAGAAGGCUGGAACAGCCGCAUGAUCGACGAGCAAAAAGGUCUUGCUUGUGCCUUGCUAAUCAAAUGCGCAGACAUUAGCAACGUGGCGCGUCGACAUGAGACGGCUUUGCAGUGGAUGGAUAUAUUGGCGGAUGAGUUCGCAAGGCAGCGCUCUAUGGAGAAGGAGCUCGAGAUCCCUACCUCGCUCAUGGCACCACCUCUGACCGAAAGAGCUUCCCAGUUCAGGUCCCAGUUGAACUUCAUGAACAUGUUCGCCUUGCCUCUGUUCCAAGGGGUAGCUGAUAUAUUGCCCAGCAUGAGGUAUACUGUGAGCGAGCUCACCGCCAACUCUGAGAUGUUUCUGCAGAAGGUUGCCGAAGCCUUGACGAAACAACAGACGGAGAGGAGUCACCAACAAGGCGGUCCUGAAGUGGCAUUGGAGACGAACGCAUCUGCUCAAACAUCCGAUCCAAUUCCCAGGUCGGCAAGCACACCGGAGCUGAGAGGUGGUCACAAAGGUGCGAACGGCAUCUCUUCUCCAUUCGAACCCGUCAACGAGGACCGGUCAGCUGGAUCGGACCGACAACGUAGCAGCCAGACUACACAGGGCAGCAGUGUUGCCCAAACAACCGGUGACUGCGCCAGCAGCGCCACUACCGGCAGGUUGCCACUGUCACCUAGCACGCAGGGAACGAGUGUUGUCAGCCAGGAGUCGAUAGAACGACCCAGAAGCAACCCGAUUCCCACCAUUUGCGCUCCGGAUUCUGCGAAGAGCAUGACCGAGCCCAAGAUGGACGGUCAGCCCAUUUUCGAAGUCGAGACUGCUAGCUCGGCGAACUCGGCGCAUGAGAAGUCUAUCAAGAAGCGGCCCAGCCGCUUCAGGAUGAAUGCUUUUCAAUUCUUCAGAAGGCACAAGUCGUAUGAAACUGCGACCGAAUCGCCCUGAGGACUCCCCUCUUGUUUCGCCACAUCUAACGGCAUUGUUCUCACCAUCAGUCAGCGAUGGGUAUUAUCGAGUCGUCUAGAU